AUGACCCUGCGCUACAGAGUCGAGUACUCGCUCAAGCAGCACCGGCGCGACUACUUCAUUGAGUUCAUCAAAGGCCUCCUCGCCGUCCCCUUCGUCCUCAACGGCGACAUCAACCAGUUCGCCAACAGCGGGCGCGAGUUUUUGGAUCCCGAGUUCUACUCCGACGUCAAGCGGUUUGAGGACGGCAUCUCCCACGAGUGUUUCCGCAAGUUUUCCGACGUGUUUGGCGACAUCGAGCGCCUCGUCGACAACACGAUUCUCGUCGACGCCAACAACGACCGCUACGGCACCCACACCCAGCUGCGCUUGCGCAAGUUGGUGCCGCUGAUCGGGCGCUUCCACACGCGGUUGCCCCUCGUCGACGCCUUCCGCAUCGAGGACGAGCGCCGCGGCAUCAGCCGCCGCCGCCUCGUGGCGCCGCUGUUCAACGACGUGCGCAUGAUCCUUAACACCGCCCAGAUCUUGGGCCUAGUGCAAAACUACCACGACGAUAACCCCCAGCAGCUUAAGCUCUUGACGUUUGACGGGGAUGUAACGUUAUAUGAAGAUGGUCAAAACCUCGAGCCGGAUUCGCCCGUGGUGCUGCGGCUUGUCGAGCUAUUGCGGCGCGACUUCUUUAUCGCCGUAGUUACUGCCGCCGGCUAUCCGGGACAGCAGGGCGCUACCAACUACUAUAAGCGGCUUAAAGGUUUAGUCGAUACCAUCAACGGGCCCGAUAGUGCUUUGACGGAGGCGCAAAAGCGCAAUUUGUUGAUUGUCGGCGCCGAGCUGAAUUACUUAUUCCGGUUUAACCCCGAGAUGCGCGGCUUCCAGUACAUCGAGCUGGCCGACUGGUUCUUGCCAGCGAUGAAGCUGUGGGACAAGAAGAAAUUGGACGAGAUCAUGGACAUUUCCGAACAACACUUGAUCCACUUACAGGAGAAGUUUGGACUUAAGGAUAACACCACCAUCAUCCGCAAGGCGCGCUCGGUGGGGAUCAUCCCUAACCCCGGCUACCUGAUCCUCCGCGAACAGCUUGAAGAGAUGGUAUUACUGUGCUCUUUCAUCCUCUCAAACAUCGAUAUGGGUCCGUCGGGUAAAGCGCUCCCCGUAGGCGGCUACACUCAAGACGAUAACAUCGAAACGCACGAAAUCAGGGUGUGCGCCUUUAACGGCGGCUCCGACGUGUGGGUGGACAUCGGCGACAAGCUGUUGGGCGUCGAGGCGCUCCAGCGCUACUUGUGCCAGGACGAGCUGCUUCAGCACUUGUGUCCCAUCACCAAGGCCGAGCUGCUCCACAUCGGCGACCAGUUCGCUCUGGUGGGGCUGAACGAUUUCAAAGCGAGACUCUCGGCGUGCACGGCGUGGAUCGCCCUGCCCCGGGAGACGGUGGGGUGCUUGGACGACUUGCUCUCGGAACUCGAUCGUCGUGCAGAGUUGAAAAAGAAGAAGGAGGCGGAGGCGAGUGAUCAAUAA